AUGGAGUCGCCAUCUCUACAACCAGAAUCGCCGAUGGAGCAGGAGGAUAUCCCUUAUCCAUGUAUGGGAUGUGGAGAAGUACGUCUGACAAUGAACUAUCGUGAUGGUCUGUUUGGGUUGAUGCUGACCGAUCCACCUGGAAUUUUAGAUCUUAGAAGAAGGGAAGGCAUUCGAGCUUUGUACGUCCCCCAUACAUUUUUUUCUUUUUUCUUUUGUUUUGUUUUUGGCUUGGCUUGUUACUUGGUGCCCUUACUGACUCUCCGUGAAGCUGGACAAAGAUGGCAUAUCGAUUGUUUUCGAUGCAGUACCUGCAAUACCCUCCUCGAUUCGGACGCACACCUCCUCCUCCUGGGCGAUGGCUCAUUAAUUUGCAGCAGCUGUACCUACAGCUGUAACUCAUGCGGCAACAAGAUCGAAGAUUUGGCCAUUCUCACUGGUGACCAGGCCUUCUGUGCUCAAUGUUUCCGGUGUCGGAACUGUAAGAGAAAGAUCGAGAAUCUACGUUAUGCUCGCACAUCGCAGGGAAUAUUUUGUAUGGAUUGUCAUGAAUCUCUCAUGCAACGGAGGCGAAAGAAAAAAGCUGUAGCAGCCGCCAAAAGGCCAGGAGGGCCGGGUGUCAAACUGGACAAGUCCUUGCCAUCGCUGCCUCCCAGCUUUGAAGAAACCCGAUCGCUGGAGGAGACCCCGAGUGAGGGAUAUGUCGAGACUACGGCUGAGGUUGCGCCGACCAAGACAGACCUUGUCGACGGAGGUCAAUAUGAACAAUCUUCUCGCCCAACUACGGCCUCGGGUAAGGAUUCAAAGUUAUCAUGGCGGCUUCAUUUAGCUCUACGGAAAGCAAAUCUUGCUAAUACAUCUUUCAUCGCAGACAAUAUCCUUCUUCCCUCGAGUACAUACCGAAGCAGUCGACUUUUAAACUCACAGCGUGAUAAUGAUCUAGGAGACGCCGGUGGAGAAUUGCUUAUCCCACUCGCCUUCGAUCCAUCGGAGAGUCAAAGGUCUUCUCGCCGACAGUCACAGGCAAUUCAAGAGACACCUCGUGACUAUUUCGGUCAUAUUCGAUCUGGCGAUUCAUCAGUUAGGGCUUCCCGCGAUGACUUUGAACCCCCCUCCCGUACAUCGCUAGAUCAAUCCCCCCAUAUCGCAUACCAAGAGAAAGGUUGGGAACGCACUGAGACCGAUGCAGCUCGACGUGACUUGGAGGGACUUAAUGGCACGGGUGCCAAGCCGCCAACAGCAAUUGAUCAGAAUAGAUUCGGGAAGACUGAGUCUGCUCGUAGCUCUAGAUCUGAUCUACCUUUGGCCCUAAAGGAAUCAUCAGCCUUCUCUGGUGCGACCAGUCCCGAAAGCACUCGAUCAAAGGAUGACGUUGGUCGUCACGCCCAUUUGGACAACAAUAGGUCGACACGACCUUCUAAUGAGUUACGGAGGCUCCACGAAAAUGGCUCAGGGGAAUCUUCACACGCCGCAUCUACCAGCCUGCCACAUCACCCCAAGCGUGGCGAUUCGCUCGAAAGCAAACUCCAUUCAAUCCCACGCAAAGACCUAGGCCAGUCUCCUAGCUCGUCUACUUAUGGCGGAUCACCCAAACUGCCCGAGAUUGCUGCAGAGCAGUUGAAACCGAGCAUCACAUCUGGUAACACGUCACUAUCUGAUAUACAGCGGCCCCUGGACAGCGCUGGUUCGCCGUCCUUGCCGCAAUAUACUAGCAACAGCGACUUCUCCCAAGAUGAAGAUCUGGCCCGGUUUAUUGGUGGUGAAUCUUUCUUGUCUUUCCGUACCACUCAGAAUAACGCCAACGCCACUCGUCACAACCGCAGUUACAGUGAGAAGAGUGUCCAUACCAAUAAGGAUGUAAAACACAUGCGAUCAUCUACAAACGGCAGCGUGGGCGAAAUUGCUAGCCCGACCGCCAGCACGGCUCAGAAUGAGGAACUUGCCUGGCUUCGAGGUGAAUUGCGCAAGGAACGCCAACGUGCUACUGAGAUGGAGAACGCUCUUCGUGCAACCGCAGAUGUGAAACAGGUCAACACUGAACUAUCUGAAAAGCGAUCUACCAUGGUCGUUUUGGAUGCGCAGCGAGAGAUCGUCUUACGUGAAUUGACCGUGCUCACCGACCAUAUUGAAGCCGAGAAGCGCGGUGCAUCCGGUGCACCCUUGGACCUUGGAAAGCUUUCCAACCAUGUCCUACGUGAGCUUGCUGAGUCUAUCCACACGCUGAAGGACUCCUAUACACCUCAAAUUGAGGAGUUGAUUCAAAAGCGAAAUGAUUUGGCUGAGGAAUUGGUUGAUCUCAAUCGCAAGAAGGAGAAGGCAUUCCAAGAAUUUGAGCAGCUUUCUUCCAAGAACGCACAGUUGGCCGAGCUCAACAAUCAACUGGUUCACCAAAUCCAGGAGCUUUACAAGUCCAACAACCAUGACCACCGCGGUCCAAAUGGACUGGGUAUCUCUCACAAUAAGGAUAAGUCUAUCACCUCUAUUGAAGCCCUGAAGCCUACAGCCAGCUACGAUAUGGCGCCGUCGAUCUCCACCGCUCACAUCUCGGAAGACGGCGAGCCCGCCACUGCUACAGUUGUGCCUGGUCCCCAGGUUGUCAACAUUCGCAAGGGCCAGCCUCGCAAGUUCAACUGGAAGAAGGGUGGUCAGAAUGUUGCCAAGGGUGUCAAGGGUCUCAAAGGAGCAUUCAUGGGUAAUGAUGAACCCGGGGGCUUGCCACGAUCUCAGACCCAGGAUCCAACCCGGCAAGGAUUUGGCUUCUUUGGAAACCAGCGGAACAAGCAGGGAGGCAAGAUGUCGCAGGCCGACAGCAUAUCAGCAUUGUCUGAUACUGCAGGUUGUCUCUUUGGUGUCGACCUGGAGUUACGCAUGGAGCAUGAGAAGAGUAUUAUUCCGGCCGUUGUCACUAGAUGUAUCCAGGAAGUUGAAUUGCGAGGUAUGGAUAUGGAGGGUAUCUACCGUAAAUCUGGUGCUGCGUCAGCUAUCCAGGGUAUCCGCGAUGGGUUUGAAAGGACUCCCGCCGACUAUGAUAUUUCCGAUCCCGAUCUUGAUAUUCAUGCUGUUACGUCGGCCCUUAAGCAGUAUUUCCGCAAGCUGCCAAACCCCCUUAUCACAUAUGAUGUUUACGAGAUGAUCAUUGAAUCCGGAGAAAUCACCGAUCCCGCAGCUCGAAUUGAUGUCCUGCAGAAGGGCCUUCAAGAGCUCCCUCGAGUACACCAGGAUGUUCUCGAAUUUCUCAUGUUCCAUCUGAAGCGCGUGGUUGAGCGACAGGAGGAGAAUCUGAUGACCUGCCAGAACAUUGCUGUCGUCUUCGCACCAACUUUGAUGAGACCUGAGAGUUUGGCACGAGAGAUGACGGAUGUGCAGAAGAAGAACGAUGUUCUUAAGUUCAUGGUUGAAAAUGUCCAAAAUAUCUUCAUGGGUAUGUCUGGUGGAGAGUCGUAA